CAGUUCAGACUCGAAGAUCAUCGAAGGAACUCUCUACCUGUUUCCUGACGCGAAACAUUACACUAAAGAUGGAUUCUUCAAAGCCAAAGAUUCAGUCUGGUGGGAAGACGCUCGUGGCUAGCUCCAACUCCAGCUUGGACAGCAGCAGCUCUGGCGGUAGUUAUGGUGCCAUCAAGCCUGAUAUCAUCAUUGAUACAAGUGUGCACGUUUCAACCAAGAAACGAAAUGGCCGUCUUCCUACUUGGUUUAAGGACGAGUUGAAACAACUUCUCUACUUGGCUUGGUAUCUGUCUGUGAUCAACCUGUUCUCCAACAUCAUGGGGACCAUCAGUGUUAUGUUCUGUGGACAUCUAGGGACUGUUGAGUUGGAUGGCGUCUCCAUGGCUUGCAGCUUGCUGAAUGUGUUGGGAAUCUGCAUCGCAAAUGGCCUCUGCACCGCUUGUGACACCCUGUUUUCUCAGUCGUUUGGUAGGAAGAACAAGAAACAGAUAGGAAUUUAUCUUCAAAGAGGUCUUAUCAUCAUCACGUUAUUCGUCCUUCCCUGCUGGGGACUGCAUCUGAAUGCGGAGGCCAUACUUCUCGCGCUUGGGCAACAUCCUGGUGUAGCACAGAUUGCAGGCCGUUACCUUCUGCUGUUGAUGCCUGGCACCCUGCAGCCUCCAUAUAAUAUUGAAUGCUUUAACUGUAUUCUUCAAUGCGCUCUUUUUUUCUUCCUGCAGGCUUUAUUCAUUCUGCGGGUGCUCACGACGUAUCUACGGAGCCAGAAUAUUCUCUGGCCCACGAUGCUGGUGGGUGUCAUUGGUACUGUCGUCAACGUUAUAAUGCAUGUCCUGCUGAUAAACGUCUUAGAGAUGGGAACAGAUGGAUCUGCCAUUGCCCAGGCCACCGCUUUCGUGAUGAUGCUGGUCGUGCUUCUCGUUUACAUACUUGGAUCAGGGAUGUACAAGGAUUCCUGGGACGGUUGGUCAGUGAAGGCUUUCUACGACUGGGGCCAGUUCCUGUACAUUGGCGUAGCCGGGAUGAUGAUGUUGUUCCUGAGCGUGUUUGGUAUGGAGAUUGGUAGCUUUCUGGCCGGCAUCUUGAGUGAAGUCGAACUUGGCGCGCAAUCCAUCCUCUUUAACACUGAGGUCAUCAUAUUCACGAUUCCUUUUGGUUUUGGCAUUGCUUGUAACAUCCGUGUUGGUCAGUUGCUCGGAGCCUCUGACGCCAAAGGAGCAAAGCAGGCCGCUAUUAUUGGACUCGGAAUCGCCGUUACUACUGUUGUGUCCAUCGGUGUACUUGGGACUAUCUUGAGAUACGAACUUCCCAGGAUAUUUUCUAGUGAAAGUGACGUGAUCAACCUUACUGCCGAGGUUUUCCCUCUUCUCUUCUUGGCUUACGCCUUGGACGGCAUCGACGUAUGUUUCCUUGGUAUCCUCCGCGGCUGCAACAGAGAAACCAUUGCCACUGUCAUCACAUUCAUUGCCUACUACGCUAUAGGAGUACCUCUCGCCAUUGUCCUGUUGUUUGUUGUCAGCGUUGGGCUGUCCGGCUUCUGGUACGGGAUUGUUGCUGGCCUGACCGUAGGGACUAUCAGUCUCGCCGUGGUCCUUGCCAAGACAGACUGGGAGAAGCAAAUGAAUGAGGCACUGGAAAGAGCCGGGGCUUCAAAGCCAUUAAAGGAAAGUGACAUCGAAUCACAGACUGUGAAGAAAUCGCAUUUACCAGAUCUCAUGGCUGCCAACGAUGACUGCCCAUCAGAACUAGAGGAUGACGAAAAGAAAGUCUUGCUAAGCUACAGAAAAGUCGCCGACGUGAAGACUCAGAAGCGCUUGAUGAAGUUCCAGAAGAUUCUCUGCAACCCUGUGGUAGUUCGAACUCAGAUGCAGGUCCGCAUGGACCCGGGAGAGCCAACCACACAGAAAAAGAAAUCAGACAUUUCAACGACUUAUCUCAUUGUUACUCGCUGUACUUUCAUCUUUCUCAUGUUUCUCACUUUUAUACUUGGUUUGUUUGGCGCAAUUUUCUUCCAACCUAUUUACGAAGGCAGCUCGACCUUCGACCUCUGCAUCCCACGGAAUUCAACCAAUGGGACUGAGGUGCUUGCGUUCAAUGGCACGGCAUUUAUUGCAAACACAACAAUUCCUUUCUGUCCUUGAGUUGAAAUCAGCAUUUACUCUAUUGACUCAAGCUGUAUCGUCUUGGUAGAAAAAGCACUCCUUCAACAGGAUGAUGGCCAAACACUAGGGACUUUUUGGUCCGUCUGCCACAUCGAAAAGAUGAAGUUAGGAGAGUAGCUUUUGUUGCAAAAUGGGCCCUGAACAACUUUGCUCCAGCCCCGUGGCAGCAAACCCUUAAUAGUGGUACAACUCUGAUCAGAUACAAGGUAUCAUUUCUUCAAAUCCAUUUAAAUGAAAGUAAUACAGUUAUCUUGUAUCUGCGCUUUCUAAAGUGGAGGGGAUUUGAAUAUACGAUGCUAAACUGUAACAUCAAUGUAAGGUCUACUACCAAUACAUUGGUGGUUGUAAACAAUGAAGCGGGAGCGAAGAAUUUAACAAACACGAAAUCAAUCUUAAUCUCCGACAUUUUGGCAAUUACCAUGAUUAAGUUACAUAUAACGUGCUUUAAUAGAUUAUCCCAUUGAAGACUUAAAUCUUAAUAAAAAUAAUAAUGUUAUGACUUACGCCCCAGAAAUGGGCUCAGAGUGAGGAAUAGCGAGGGAAUUACGGGCCUGCUAUUCAGCUCUCUAUUGUAGUGGUGUUUUGCUUUGUCUUUCAAGACUUUUGUCUGACAAAAGACAUUGAUUGAGUGAAAACAGGUCGGAAACAAGCUCAUAACAUGUACAUGUAGGCCUUUGUAUAUUCACAAAUGAUGUUUAGA